AUGGAUGGGAGACAACAGCCGUACGUACCGGCCCCCCCUCCAUCAGGGCCGCAACCUUCCCAGGCACAUAUGAUACCUUUACCACCACCUCCUCCCCCUCGAUAUCCCCCAGCCCAAGCACAGAAUGUUAUGCCGCCGCCGCCGCCUGGGCCACCUCCAGGAAGUGCGUAUGGGGCCUCAAAACUGACCAAUCCCCAAAUUCAAUCGCAAAAUACUCUCGGUUGGUCUAGCUGGGCUGGACGCGGAAUUCCCCAGUACCUUCCGCCUCCCCCGCCCCCUCCAAUGACACACGCAAACCAACCAUCCUUCACUCGACCCCCAGCCCUGCAGAACAACAAUGGUACAUCGGCUACUUAUGUGCCACAACCUGGCACGUUUGGUCCUGGCGUUGGGAUACCCCCCUUUGACCUACACCCACUUGCUUCGUAUGAUGCGCCAGGAACCAUGAUCGCGAACGACAGACAUCGACCUCCGCCCAACCCAUCUUACGCACCUAGUGGCCCCAGUAUGUCUACCUAUCACAUAGACGGGACCAUACCACCAACCCCAUCAACUCGUAUUGCAUCUUCCUCCCACGACAAUAGCCAGGAUAUACAUCCUUCCCAGCUAGCCACAGCGCCUCUCUCGAAGCCCAACCCAUCUAGCGAUCUGACCAAAUCCUCGAGUCAUCGACAUAACAACAGCAACACCACUGUUGGCGGUAUGUCAACCAGUGAGGCGGCAAUACAAUGGCCUUUGGACCGGGUUCUCAUCUGGCUAGCGAGGAAUGGAUUCUCCAAUGAGUGGCAGGAGACAUUCAAGAGUCUAGAAAUCGAAGGAGCUGAUUUUCUUGAAUUGGGCCACGGGCAAAAUGGCCGGCCUAACCUUGGCAAGUUGCAUAACGUGGUCUAUCCUCAACUCGCCAAAGAAUGCGAAGCGAGCGGAGCAACCUUCGAUUUGGCGCGUGAAAGAGAGGAAGGGAAACGCAUGCGGAAACUUAUUCGACUGAUUCAUGAUGAUGCUGGCCAUGAUACGGGGGCUCCAGUCUCAAAGCAACACCAUGAAUAUGACGAUGCGCCGAACAGUGCGCCCGAUGAACCCGAGUUCUCUCCCCACGUCACUCAUGCACCAGCAUCUCCGAGUCUUAACGCGGCGAAUCUGACCAACAGCCCGAAUUUCAAGGCGCCGAAGCUUCCUUACAACAACAGCAAGCAGCGCUCAUUCACAACGCCAGGUACCAUGAAUCAUGAUGGGGAAUUUGGCAUGAAUGAGAGUAGCACCAUAUUACCGCGAUCGGAAUUCUCUCGCAUGGCGCUAGGCAAUAUCGGAAGCGACUAUCAACGGAAGAGCCCUUCCAUGUCCAGUGAUAUCGGAAUGUUCGCAAUUCCACCACAUCGACCGUACGAAGACAGUCCUAAGAGUGGAAGUCCAGCUACGCAACAUGCUACUUUGUACCCAUUAGCUGCAUCAUCUUCAAGCGACCUGAACGCCAAAUUUGGACAUUCCCGGGUCAAUAGUGGAGAGCGCCGAUACUACGAAACAGUCAAGGAUGGCACGCGCCCCUCGCCGCAAGAGUUCUCAAAUCGUCAGAUGAGUGGAGAGGCUGCUUUUUCGUAUCCCAAGGAUCACCGCAUGGGAUUUUUGAAUUUUUUCAAAAAGAAAACAGCAAAAAAUGGCGACCCAAAUAACCAUUCCCCCGAGGAUACGUUUCCCGAAUCUCCAAUAUACUCUAAACACCACUUUAACAACAGUGACAUGUCGGUAAACGAACGUCCACUUUCAGCCUCGUUAUCCGAUCACGAGCGGCUGAUGAUGCGGACAAAGCCAGCACAAAAAGGGAAAAGGUUCAUAUUUGUCACAUUGGAUGCCUGGAACUAUCGACUUGUUGACACUACUGAAAUUGACUCUGUGGAGACGCUCCGUGUUUCCAUAUGCCAGAAUCUUGGAAUCCAUGACUGGCCUGAUGCACAGAUAUUCUUGACUGAACCUGGGCAAACAGAGCAUGACGAGCCAUUGAAUGAUACUUUCCUAGCUCUUUGCCAGCGGACGAAAUCCGACUCAAUUGGCUCUCUGAAACUGUUCGUGAGAGGUCCACACGCACGCCCUGGAGUAAAUGCUUCCCCCAAUGUUGCGGGUCUUGGAGUUUCUAUCCUAGAAAAGCCUGCACUUUCGCCGACUUCUGCUACUGUGCCCCGUAAGCCGCUUGAUGGAGAAGCUCUUAGCAGGAUUUCACCCCUUAACCCAACCAAACCUACCUCACCUCAACAGCUAAAGCCACCAGCUGGUAAGCUUCCUCUCCGCGACACCCAGCAAUCAUCUCCGGUAGACGAAGACGCCGAGAGAGCUCGUCAAGACGAACUUAAGCGCGAACAAGACCGAAAACAGCAAAAGCCCUACCGUACACCACCAGCACCUUUACCCAGACCAGACGCAUAUAGCGAGACGGGCUACCGCCGCAAGGAAGUGAUUAACUUUGACAAACCUCGCAUUUCCCCAUACGAGGAUAAAAAAGCCGAUGUUCUCGUGCCUUUGCGCAAACCACCAUCGGCGCCCCAGGAGUCUAAUACGCUCACAAAAGUCAACUCAUUGAGGAGGAAAGAUGGUGAGCGUCCGCGCCUCUACAGGAAUAAUCAGCCCCCGGGGAUUAAGGAAAUGAUAGCGGAUAUGGGAAUGAAGGCCGCCUAUAUUGCGAAGCCUCUAUCACCCAGUUCAGUCAACACUACUACACCAGAUGAUUCUCAUAGCACCUUCGAUUCGGCUGUAGACCAGAGCAGUCAGAGUACACCAUCACUGACAACGGCCAGCGACUCCCCUGAACAUACUACAGCUUCCUCCGAUCUAUCCAGGUCCACAAGUCAUCAUAGAAAGUCUUUCGGGCCCGAAUUCGAAUUUGAGGAGACGGAAGUAUCUUUUCAACGAUCACCAGCCCUUGCUGAGGAUUCUGACAAUGAUUCGGACGAGGGCCUGUUCGCGAUUCCAUUGGCGAACAGCAAGACGCCCGUCAAAGACAAAGGCAUGCUUCCUGGAUCUCCUGAGGACACAAUAAGACCGCGAAAACCGUCUCUUACAGUAAACACGGACGCAAAGCCACGAGCAGGACUGUCUGUCAGUUUCAAAUCCCCAAGUGCUAUCCGUGAAACCUUUGCAGGCUCUAGCGGCGACGCAGGCAACUCAGCCGCCUCUUAUUCUGAUAUGACCGCCUCCCCGGAGGAGGAGAAGGCACCACUCAGAAGGGAUUCUUUUGCACGAGAUGAUGUUUGGGCUAGUCGACCACCUGUCGAAGGAGUCAUUGAUAAUCUAGACGACUUCUUCCCUUACAUUGAUCUAGACGCGCCUUAUCUAGACGGUCAGGGGACCUCGCCGCCCUCCUCGCCUGCCAACCGGGUGGCAGCUGAAAACGAGCUCAGCCGUAAAGACAAACCUGAGAAUUCCUACUACAGCACUCAGCCCCUUCCGAACUCGAGCGACCAUAUACUUGGCUCUGCGGAGUCAACUAUAAAGCCCCCACAAGAUCAUGGAAUUGUCGCACGUCGAAACGUCACCCGCUCCGGUGGUGGACUGACCCGAAUGAAAUCAAUCCGAGAGGUUGCAAAAGGCGCCAAUCAAGCGAGCAGACAACGAAGUGUUGCCGCUUCUACCGGGCACAGGAGGACCGGAGAUGUCCACCGACGCAAGAGCACGAAAAUGUUUGGUGCAAAGAUUAUGCAGAUUAGUCCAAAACCCGGCAGUCGACUUAGCCAACUUGACCCGAUCCCGCAGAACAGUGUAUCUUCGAGCUCCAAACCCCAGAGGCAGCCUACAUUUCGCAUUAUUCGAGGUCAGCUUAUUGGCAAAGGCACAUAUGGUAGGGUCUAUCUAGGAAUGAAUGCCGACAAUGGCGAGGUUCUUGCUGUCAAACAAGUGGAAAUCAACUCGCGAAUCGCUGGACAAGACAAGGACCGUAUCAAGGAAAUGGUGUCUGCUUUGGACCAGGAGAUUGAUACGAUGCAACACUUGGAGCACCCCAAUAUCGUGCAGUACCUUGGAUGUGAACGCGGGGAACUGUCAAUAUCAAUCUACCUCGAAUAUAUCUCUGGUGGUUCUAUUGGUAGCUGUCUUCGAAAGCAUGGCAAGUUCGAGGAGAGUGUCGUCAAAUCUCUCACAAGGCAAUGCCUUGAGGGCUUGUCUUACUUGCACGACCAGGGUAUCCUUCACCGUGAUCUAAAGGCAGACAAUAUUUUACUGGACCUCGAUGGAACCUGCAAAAUCUCUGACUUUGGCAUCUCCAAGAAGACUGAUAACAUCUACGGGAACGACUCGUCGAAUUCCAUGCAGGGAUCCGUGUUCUGGAUGGCGCCAGAGGUCAUUCAAUCCCAGGGACAAGGCUACAGCGCAAAAGUCGACAUUUGGUCUCUAGGAUGCGUGGUACUUGAAAUGUUUGCUGGUCGCCGGCCGUGGAGCAAAGAAGAAGCAAUCGGUGCCAUCUAUAAAUUAGGAAGUCUCAGUCAGGCACCCCCCAUUCCCGAAGAUGUGUCCAUGAAUGUCAGCCCUGCUGCGCUGGCCUUCAUGUGGGACUGCUUCACUGUGGAUACAUUCGAGCGCCCGACGGCAGAGACGCUUCUUACCCACCCCUUCUGCGAACCCGAUCCGAAAUACAACUUCCUCGACACGGAACUGUACGCCAAGAUCCGGCAUGUACUUGGCAGUUAG